UAAUUUCUUUGACCUUGGAACAUGUUUUAAAACAUACAUUUAAUGCAAAUGUCACUUAAAUAUGAUUCAUUGUUAAUGUUUAGACAAUCAUUUGUAAUAUACUGUAUAAUUAAUAAUACAGGUAAUUGACACUUUUCUACUAUUACGUGGGGGACAUUUAUUUCGAAAAUGUCCGAAAUUCCGUGACCCGGAAGUACCUUUUUGUUGUUGCUGACGAGAAGGUUAAGUUGAACGUGGCUGACAUUGGUUUACUUUCAUCAGCUCUGGCUUUACUCCGAUAAUUAAACGUUACUAGCUAAGAUACUGUAAAAAAAAUAUCAUCCAGGUAGGCCAAGUGUAUAAAAUAUAUUAAAAGUCAUUAUCGACUGAUGCAUGCGUCACAUAAUAUCAGAGAGCAAUCUCUUGAUAUAAAAGUUGCUGUAGCUAGCUAGGUACAGUAGCUAUGUAAAUAACCUAUCUAGCUAGAAACAGUAGAUGGGUAAACGAAUGUCCAAAUAUAUGUGUCAAACAGAACAGUGUUUUAGAAGACAGAAAUAUUUGACAUAACAACCACAUCAAAAUGCUUCCAGUAGCCUACCGUCAAAGGGUGAAAAUGUUUAUAGCGAUGGGAGUGUUGAACAACACACGGCAGCUUGCUCUGAAAGCUGUGAGAUGGCGGACAAGCCCUUUCCCAAUAUCCAGAUCGUGGCUCUCUACUGUACCCCAGAUAGAGGACCGAAACAUCCUGCUAAUGGGUCUGCCUGGAGCAGGAAAAACCUCUGUGGGGCGUGUUGUUGCUCAUCGACUGGGAGUGCCUGUCAUUGACGUGGACGACCAUAUCCUGGAGGCGAUAUGGAAGAUGCCGGUGGCAGACAAGCUGGCCGAGGUCGGAGGGGAACGUUUCCUGGAAGAAGAGGGUCGGGCUCUGUGCAAAUUAUCCACCUCUGGUAGUGUCAUCUCCCUAACAGGAUCCAACCCACUCCACUCUGGGGCUAUGCAGCACCUCAAACGCACUGGACUGGUAGUGUAUCUGGAUGUAGCCACCGAUGACAUCAUACAGAGGCUCUCCAGGAUGAAAGUGAACAGGAUUGUGGGCCAGGAGGCUGGGGUACCCAUCAGGCAGAUCCUACACUACAGGAAGCAGUUUUAUGAGAAAUGGCUUGACACUAGAGUGCUCUGUGGGACUGGAGAUACUGUUGAGGAGAUUGCAGAGAAGGUGCUUCAGGCUGUGGGGAGAUACCAGAACUCGAAAUCGGAGACCUUUGUGUCAACCAGGAGGGAGAAUGGAUCAUCUAGUGAUUCAAAAUACUUCAGUGACGUUGUUUUAGAGGGGUUAGCUCCCGAUGGUGGACUGUACGUGCCCCAAAAAGGCUUUCCGAAGCUCGACGUACGAGAAUGGCUAAGAUUAGCAGAAAUGUCCUAUCCUGAACGAGCCUCAGCCAUGCUUGAAAAGUGCAUACACCCCAUGGACAUCCCUGGUACCGAUCUCAGAAGAAUGGUGUUCAAAGCAUACGGGGUUAACUUCGCCAGCGAGGCCAUUGCACCGGUGAAACACCUAGUUCAUAACCAGUUUGUGCAGGAGCUCUUCCACGGCCCCACUGCUUCGUUUAAAGACCUGGCCUUGCAGUUGAUGCCUCAGCUCUUCGCCUAUUGUCUCCCACAAAUGUGCAACUACCUCAUCCUUGUGGCAACAUCCGGUGACACCGGCAGUGCAGUGCUGAGUGGGUUCGGCAACCUUCAUGACCUGGACCGGCAGAGGGUCGGCGUGCUGGUGUUCUUCCCAGAGGAAGGAGUGAGUGAGAUCCAGAAGCGACAGUUGACAGCCUACAAAGAGGGCAACGCCAGGUCUGUCGGUGUCCUAUCCGACUUUGACUUCUGCCAGAGGGCCAUUAAGACCAUGUUUGGGGAUUCAGGUCUGACGGGGCAUUUGGCUGUGGAGUAUGGCACUGUCCUCAGCACUGCUAACUCCAUUAAUUGGGGAAGACUGCUACCACAGGUGGUCUAUCACGCCUCAGCAUAUCUAGAUCUUUUCAAAGAUGGGGUUAUCAAGUUCGGAGAGCCCAUCGAUGUAUGCAUCCCUACCGGUAACUUUGGCAAUGCCAUGGCAGCCCUGUACGCUAAGCAAAUGGGAAUCCCGAUAAGAAAAAUCAUCUGCGCUUCCAACCAAAACCGAAUCGUUUCUGACUUUAUUACGACAGGGGUGUGUGAUCUCCGAAACCAGCCCCUCAUUGCCUCGCUUUCCCCAGCCAUAGACAUCCUCAAAUCCUCCAACCUGGAGAGAUUUCUCUACCACACCUCAGGUGGUGAUGGCUGUCUUGUUAGAGAUCUGUUCACACGCUUAGAGAAAGACCAGUACUUCAAAGUCUCUGAGUCAUUGCUCCAAAAGAUCCAAGAGGAGGUGGUGGCUGGCUGGUGCUCUGAAGAGGAAUGUUUGGCUGCCAUCCUAAAUGUUCACACCAAAACUGGUUACGCGAUGGACACUCACACCGCCGUUGCUAAGGCGGUUGCCGACCGGCUACAAGACCCAUGGUGUCCAGUGGUGAUCUGUUCCACGGCGCACCACGGGAAGUUUGCCCCCACCGUCCUCAAAGCGCUGCGGUGCCCGAACACUCAUUACAACCCCUCAGAUCCUGUGGACCAGCUGAGGGAGCUGGCCUCUGUAGCGUCCACACCUCGGAUGCACCAAAACAUGCUUCGGUGCCUGAAGGAAAACAGUAGAGGAGAACAUACAGUGUGUCAAGCAGAUUUCAGUGUGUUAGUGGAGGAGGUGGAAUCCAUGAUUCAAGACUCUUUCUUGAAAGUUCUUUAGGUCUCUUUCAGAUAAACAAACAGGUAAAGACUCUGGGGUAGGGUGGUACAUUUGUAUUUUCAUUCAGUGUGUUGAGGGCAGUUGAAAAUGAAAGUCGGCCCAUUUAAUUUAUAAAUCAUAUGAAUUCAUGUGGUUUUUUUUUUUUGUCUUAUGAAUUGUGCAAUAUAUCUCCUUAUUUGACAGGAUUUGGGUUUAGGUGAUGUUUCUACAGCAACUGCAGAUGUCAUAACAUAAAUCUUUUGUACCCACUAGAUGGUGAUAUUUACCACAUGGCUCCUAUGCAGCCAAGAGGUCCCCUCAGGUUUCAUGAUAUGUAGUCGUGGUUCAGACGCUCCUAACUAGCCCCAACGGCCCAAUACAUGAGACUAAAUUGUGGAGUCAUUACCUUGUGCCAAAGGAAGAACUAUAUAUAGAACUAAAUAUGCUUGUUCAUGUUUGUCAUGUGGUAUGGUUUAACCCAGAUGUGCUGUUUGUUACAAGCAUUUCGCUACCACCCGCAAUAGCAUCUGCUAAACCUUUGUAUGCGACAAAUACAAUUUGAUUUGCUCUUGUUUAUUUAUUUAUUACAAAUGUAUGUUCAUUUCCCUUUUGUAUGUACUAUGUAACUGUCAUAUUACAAUCAUCAACAACACGAAGGACAUACUCAGGUUGAUAUUCAUCUGACCAUUGGUAUUAAAUGUUUGUUUGUGUAAAGUCAUUAUUCUCUUUUGGUUAUGAAGAUUUUUGAGUAUGGCUUCAUCCACUGAACAACAGUUACACAUCAGUCAGAGUGAUCCAUAAAUAAGAAAUACAAAUUUUGCUGGGAAAAUAUAUUUCUCUAGUAAACAAACCAAACUGCUCUCUGAGAAUGAGUGUAAUUGUAUCCAGAACCACCCUCAUCCU